GUGACAUUUAUUCCUUCCUGUAUAAUAUGCAAAGCAGGGCUAGGCACAAGCAUCACAGAAUGAUGGGUGAUUCUAGCAGGUGAAAUUAUUGCGUUUUAUCAUAGUGGAGACACAUGAGUUCUCACUUCACAUAUUAGAAUUAUAGAGUUGAAAGCGACUUCAGUAAUCAUCUAGUCCAGGCAUCCCCAAACUUCGGCCCUCCAGAUUUUUGGACUACAAUUCCCAUCAUCCCUGACCACUGGUCCUGUAAGCUAGGGAUCAUGGGAGUUGUAGGCCAAAACAUCUGGAGGUCCGCAGUUUAGGGGUGCCUGAUCUUGUCCAACCAUUUUUUUUAAAAAAGCACACACACUGACUCCAUGGCAGGAAUGUUGAAGUGACUAUCAUUAUAUCUGCAAAGUCUGAGGUAAAUCACCAUAGUAUACAGAGUCCUGAUUUAUUCUUCCAAAAGAACCCUGUCAAAUUCUUCUUUACAUAUUUGGGGGCAAAUGAUAGAAAAAGAAGACAAUUUAUUUACUGCUGCUGCAAUACUAUCGCUCCAAAUUCUAGGGGAGUAUCACAUGUUACAAACAAAGGGAAACAGGUAUGAGUGACCUUUAUUCCUUCCUGUAUUAUAUGCAAAGCAGGGCUAGGCACAAGCAUCACAGAAUUAUGGGUGAUUCUAGCAGGUGAAAUUAUUGCAUUUUAUCAUAGUGGAGACACAUGUUCUCACUUCACAUAUUAGAAAUUUAGGAUUCCAAAAUAAGGCUUCUGCAGUUUUGUAUUGAGCCUCAUGGUGUCGCUGUUCACCAAUAAGGGGAAAAAGUAAAAGAUCCAGCCUCACAUUCUUUGCUAUUACACAGUGUAGCACACAAUAACUGAGACGACAUGACAGUACAGAAAGCAAAACUGAAGUAAGUUUUGCUUAGAAACAAAUUGGCUAUUUUGAACUGGAACUAGGAGCCGAACAAAGGGAAUACCAGAAACCAAUCAUUCGAGCUUUUGAACAGAACCAGCAUUUUUUAUCCUGGUAUAAGAUCAUGGAAGAAACCCACAGACUCAGGAGAUGCAAAAAAGGAAUCCUGCAAUGCCUUGUCAUGGUGACUAUCUGGAAGGCAGUUUCUGGGCAGAUCCGCUAUUCCAUUCCUGAGGAGAUGCAGAAAGGCUCUUUUGUGGGGAAUGUUGCAAAGGACCUGGGAAUGGAUGGGAAGCAGCUUUCAGAUCAUGGACUCCGCAUUGUUUCCAGUGUAGGUAUGGUUCAGUAUUUUGCUUUGAAUGUCAACAAUGGCCAUUUACAGAUUUCUGAAAGAAUAGAUAGAGAGGAAAUCUGUGGAGAGACAGACAAAUGCAUAUUGAAGUUGCAGGUUUUUAUUGAAAGCAAAUUAAAACUCUAUGGAAUUGAAGUGGAAAUUACAGAUAUAAAUGACAAUGCUCCUUGGUUUCUACCAAAGGAAUGGAAAAUGAAAAUCAGUGAGACAGCUACACUCAGAGACAGGUUUUUUCUACCCAAAGCUCAAGAUCCAGAUCUAGGGAUAAAUUCUAUACAAAAUUAUCAACUUUCAGGUAAUAGCCAUUUUUCUCUGCAUGUGGAGACAGGAGAAAAUGGGGCAAGACAUGCUGAGCUAGUGCUGGAGAAACUUCUGGACAGGGAAGAGCAACCAGAUUAUGAUCUAAUCCUCACAGCUACUGAUGGGGGUGAUCCAGUCAGGUCUGGUACUGCUCAAAUUCAUGUAAUUGUUCUAGAUGCAAAUGACAAUGCACCGGUUUUCACACAACAAAUCUUUGAAGCAAGCAUGAAGGAGAAUAUUCCUAAAGGGUCUGUAGUCGUUACAGUGAGAGCCACCGAUAUAGAUGAAGGGAUAAAUGGAGAGGUAAAGUAUUCAUUUGAAAAAAACACAGAGAAGAAUUCUAAAAUGUUUCUAUUGAAUUCAACAACAGGAGACAUUAUCCUUGCAGGAAGCCUUGACUUUGAAAUAUCAUCCUUAUAUGAAUUUGAGGUGCAAGCCAUUGAUGGUGGUGGUCUAAGUGACAGAUCAAAGGUUGUGAUCUUUGUAACAGACUUAAAUGACAAUGCACCUGAAAUAGCAAUCACCUUUGUACUCAACUCUGUCCCUGAGAACACACCAACGGGAACUGUCAUUGCCAUUUUAAAUGUCCAAGACAGAGAUUCAGGAGUCAAUGGGGAGGUUAUAUGCUCAAUUUCCAACAGUCUUCCUUUCCAACUUAAAAAAACAAUGGACAAUUUUUACACUUUAGUGACAGACAGAGCCCUUGACAGGGAACAAGUGGCAACCUAUGAUAUCAUUGUUACAGCAACUGAUAAUGGGAUUCCAGCAUUAUCAACCUCUGCAAUUAUUUCACUGCAGCUGUUAGACACAAAUGACAACCCCCCAGUCUUUCUACAGUCAGUCUACACUUCUUAUCUCCUAGAAAACAAUCCAAGAGGAGCAUCAGUCUUUUCCCUGAAAGCAAUUGAUCCAGACUGGGAAGAAAAUGCCAGAAUAACAUAUUCCAUCACUGAUGACGAAAGAAGUGACUCCCGCCUCUCCUCCUACCUCUCCAUUAACUCUGAGACGGGGGUUAUAUAUGCUCUGACCUCCUUUGAUUAUGAAGAGUUUCAAGACAUUCGGUUCCGUGUAAAGGCUCAGGAUGGAGGUUCUCCACCACUCAGCUCCAACGUCUCAGUGACUCUCUUCAUCCUGGACCAGAAUGACAAUGCUCCCCAGAUCCUGUACCCCUCCCCUCCCACCGACGGCUCCACGGGGAUAGAGCUGGCCCCUCGCUCCUCUGAGCCAGGCUACCUGGUCACUAAGGUGGUGGCCGUGGAUGCGGACUCUGGCCAGAAUGCCUGGCUCUCCUACCAGCUGAUCAAGGCCACUGAGCCAGGGCUCGUCACUCUGGGGCUCCACACGGGAGAGAUCAGGACGGCCCGUUUCUUUCUGGAGAAAGAUGCCCUCAAGCAAAGCCUGAUGGUUUUAGUGAAGGACAAUGGGCAGCCGCCUCUCUCUGCUUCAGCCACUCUGACUGUGGUGCUGGCUGACACCAUCCCUGCAAUCCUCUCAGACCUGAGCAGCAUCUCAGCUCCUGUAGAGCCUCCGUCUGACCUCACCUUCUACCUGGUCCUUGCAGUGGCUUUUGUCUCCUGCUUGUUCUUCACUUUCCUCCUUGUGUUAGGGGCCAUCAAGUUGCACAGGUGGAGAAAUUCUCAGCUGCUUGAGUCGGGGAGUGUGAAUUUCAGUGGGGCUCCCAUCUCACAGUUUGUGGGGAUUGACGGAGUCCGAGCAUUUCUGCACUCCUACUGCCAGGAGGUUUCUCUUACUACAGACUCUAGAAAGGCAAAUUAUUCCAAUACUCUGAGCAAUAAAGAAGCUUGUGAAGCAAAUGAUCCUAUCCUACCUGGUGAAGAUUUAAACUUGAACAAUGAAGGCUUAAUCAUAGUCCAGGUGAGCAAACAAUUUUAGAUUAUCAUGAUUUUUUGUUUUGCCUCUGUUUUCUGCCUCUGCUUUCUCAUUAUAUUCAGAACUAUGUUAGUCUUAUUUUUAUUUCUUUCAGCUCCCUCUUCUUUUAGUCAUCACUGCGUAUCUGAUCCUUCUGUGAAGGAUCUUCUUUCAUCAAAUCUUUAUCUUGAUGCAACAGGUGACCAAUCUUUGCCUCAUUUGUGUUACUUCGGAUUGUUGCUAGUGGCUCAUAAAACAGGAUGCUCCUCUAUAUGAAAACAUAGUUCCCUACAUAUUGCAAACAAUCAUGCAUGGUAGACAGUUAUUUGCCCGAUUUUAUUCCUCUCAUCUAGUUUUUAUGUGGAAGUAUUGAUCCCAACCAAUAUUGAUCAAGACUUCAGUAUGUGGGUUCCUGUUUAUGGAUGGAUUUGAUGCAUUCUUAAUUGUUUUAGCUUUGACUGUUGUAUUUUGUUUUUAUCUCAUUUCUGCAUAACAUUUUCAAACGUUGGGAUGGAUGGAUAGACAGCUAGUAUAUGAAUAAAUGAGUGUAUAAAUGUGAGCAGCCGCCUCUCUUGGUACUGCCAAGACAUAGGUUUACUGCCUUGGUGAGCACUAGAAACUAAUGGCCUAUGACAAGUCAGUGUCCACCAGGGCAGUCUUGAGCAGGUCGCGAGCCCUGGCGCUGAGGGGCGGAGAUCGCUCCGGCGCCCCCGCCCUCGCAGGGCGCAGCAUGGUUUCCGCGCGGCCGGCGCCCUGGUGCACCGCGCCACCGGGGGUCUACCUAGAGCCGGCCCUGGUGUCCACUCCAGUCAUUCAGACAGACAAGCUCUUAAACUGGAAGCAAACUGGUUCAUUUUUCUUUUUCUUUCACGCAUCUUGUGCACUACAAAUACCUACCGUGGUCUGCAUGGACACAUAGGAUAGCCAAACAUCUAGUC